CAGAUAUAGUGAAUGCAGGGUCCGGGGAGACCGGAUAUAGUGAAUGCAGGGUCCGGGGAGACCACAUAUAGUGAAUGCAGGGGUCCGGGGAGACCGGAUAUAGUGAAUGCGGGGUCCUGGAGACCGGAUACAGUGAAUGCAGGGUCCGGGGAGACCGGAUAUAGUGAAUGCAGGGUCCGGGGAGACCAGAUAUAGUGAAUGCUGGGUCCGGGGAGACCAGAUAUAGUGAAUGCAGGGUCCUGGAGACCGGAUAUAGUGAAUGCUGGGUCCGGGGAGACCAGAUAUAGUGAAUGCAGGGUCCUGGGAGACCGGAUAUAGUGAAUGCAGGGUCCUGGGAGA